UUAAAACCAUACAGUAGGCUAAUGUUUAGGACGAUAGGUAGGUAGUUAAAGGGAAAUAAACACACUUUACGUUAGCAAUUUGCCAUUUUAGGUUGAUAGUUUUUCGUUACGUGCCAUUACGCUUCUUGAAGACCCACCGGAAUUGGAGUGAAUGAGAUGAACGUCGGGGUUCCCCUCUUUGAGCCAGACACUUUGUGCUUUACGGUCAGCGGUGAAUUAGACAACCGCUCCUUCAUCAUGCAGCUCCUGAAAAAAGACGGAAAAGCCCUACAUGUUGAUUAUAUUUCGCCACCGGUGUAAGUCUGAAUGAGAGAAAACCUCUGAGCCUCGGCCGACACGGUCUGACAUCCUGGAGCUGCCUCACUUCAUCCGCCGGUGUUGCAUACAAUAUGAUAUGUUGAUGACAUUUUUUGGAAGUGGUCGUGCCUUUUGUUUUCAUUUCGGGUUAUGUGAUAUGCGGAUCAGUAAACGCCAUGAAACGCAAAUGAGCGGACGUUUUUUUGCGCUUUGAAAAUGAGGAAGCGUUUUCAUAAAGACCCAGAAAAUGGCAAGAAGGUCUCGUCGUCUGUGGGCCCGGAUUUGAGUAAAAUGAGAAGGAAAGGAGCAAAUGCAACAGCAGCAUGAUUUUUUUCCUACAGAAUGACACCAAAGGAGGUAAAACGGUGGAGGUAGAUGAGACGCAGCAUCAAUGAAGGCGAUCUGGACAAGUUUUGAGUCGCUCAUAAUGAACAGAAAUACUUUGCAGCUCGAUAGCAGAUCGUUGUCACAAUAUUGAAAGAAUUUUUUUUUUUUUUUUUCAGCUUUGAAAGAUUUCACCCAUUUUCGCAUUGCAUUUGUUAUUUUUAUUAGACAGUUUCCCCUUUUUUUCCGGCUCUUUUUUUUUUUUUUUCUUUUUGCUUGUUUUAUAUUUUUGAUCUGGAUCCAGCUCUGACUAUUCAAUGGAAGUAUGUUAUCAGCUGCCGGUUUUGCCUCUAGACAGGCCGGUUCCCAAGCAUGUCCUCAGCCGGAGGGGAGCCAUUAGUUUCAGCUCCAGCUCUUCUCUCUUUGGGGCUCCUGAUCCGAGACAGCUGUCACAGAGACGAGGGGCCAUCUCCUACGACAGCUCAGACCAAACAGCGCUGUACAUUCGUAUGCUAGGAGAUGUGAGAGUCAGAAGUCAGGUUGGAUUUGAACCAGAACGAAGAAGCUCCCACCCCUACCUGUGCAUCGACUUCCGAACUCUUCACACACGCCUGGGCUGUGGGUCAUCGGCCAGCUCUGCCCCUGAAAGGAGGGUCCACAGGCUGCUCAGUUUCCAGAGGUACCUGCACUCAUCCCGUCUGCUGCGUGGAAUCCCCCAGCAGAUCCCCCUCCACAUCCUUGAUGAAGACUACACUGGACAAGCCAGAUGCAUGCUGGAAAAAGUCGGGAACUGGAAUUUUGACAUUUUCCUCUUCGAUAAGCUCACAAAUGGGAACAGCCUGAUCACCCUGAGCUUCCACCUACUGAACCAGUAUGGCCUGGUGGAGCUCUUCCAGCUGGACAUGGUCAAACUCUGGAGGUUCCUGGUCAUGGUCCAAGAGGACUACCACAGUGACAACCCCUACCACAAUGCUGUCCACGCUGCAGAUGUCACACAGGCCAUGUACUGCUACCUGCGGGAGCCCAAGCUUGCAAAGUCUCUGACUUCGUAUGACAUUCUUCUGGGACUCCUAGCAGCUGCCACUCAUGACCUGGGCCAUCCCGGGGUCAACCAGCCUUUUCUCAUCAAGACUGACCACUACCUAGCUUCACUCUACAGGAAUACCUCAGUUCUGGAAAACCACCACUGGAAAUCAGCAGUGGGCCUGCUCAGAGAGACUGGGCUGUUUUCCCACCUGCCUGCUGAGGACAGCUUGAACAUGGAGAGGGAUUUAGGCUCUUUAAUCCUGGCCACGGACAUCAGCAGACAGAACGAGUACCUGUCCAGGUUUCGUAUCCACCUGGACCAGCAAAACCUCUGUUUGAGCAAUGCCAGCCACCGCCAUUUCAUCCUACAGAUGGCCCUGAAGUGUGCGGACAUCUGUAACCCCUGCAGACCCUGGGAGCUGAGCAAACAGUGGAGUGAAAAAGUGACUGCGGAGUUCUUCCAGCAAGGGGAUAUUGAAAAGAAGCACAAACUUGAAGUCAGCCCACUCUGUGACAGAGAGAGGAACACCGUUGGAAACAUUCAAAUAGGCUUCAUGACGUACGUAGCAGAGCCGCUGUUUGCAGAGUGGGCCCGCUUCUCCGACACCCGUCUGUCUCAGACCAUGCUGGGCCACAUGGGGCUGAACAAGGCCAGCUGGGGCAGCCUGCAGCAGGAACAAACCUCUGUCUCUGAGGAGGCGGAGCCCAGAGCCACCGGCACUGACACCGAAGACACAGCUGUCCCAAAACACGGCAACACAGCUACAACGGCAGGAGGAACCAGCCCCAAAGAAAUACCUCAGGGAAGCAGAGAAUCCUGACACUCCUUGUGUGCCCUUUCACCUCAAACUCCUGACCCCUGACCCCGGCCUGAAGGCCUUACCACACACUGGGGGCCAGGUGGGGCUCGGCAUCCAGGGAUGGAGUAGAGCCUGCCGCUCUGCUGCUGCCUCACCUGAUCCCGACACCUUUGUUUAUGUUUUGUUGCUUUUGCCUCUCAUCUUGAUAAACCACUGAUUUUAUUUAAUUUAUUUAAUUUUUAAUUCUUCUUUUUUGGCAUAUAGCAAUACAUAGAUACCUCAUUUGGCUACUGCUGUAUUUUCUUUUAUUUGCUUUAUUUUAUUUAUUUGUCCACUGUUUUUGGCAUUACUGACUGAACACACCACUUUUUUGGUCGGUGAACCUUAAGGGGAAAGCAGUAUAAGAACUGAAAUCAAAUUUUUCUGGUAUUUUGAAGUGCCAUUUGAAAACAAAGAUUUGAAGAAUGAUCUGAACUGAACUGACUGAGAAAACUGGAGUAUUCACACAUGAGACCCUCCCUAAGACUUUACAGUAAUGCCAUGUUGCAUUUGUAUUGAAGAUUCUUCCUCAUGUAAAAAGAAAAAAAAAAUGUGACAAGCCCGGUCCUUUUGCUGCCUCUACGAAGACUGUUUACGCAUCACCUUGUUUGUUUUCUCUUUCCUUUGAACUGAAGUGAAUCAUGUCUGCUCCACGGUUUGCCUUCGAAGCACAGAUGUGAAGAACCACUUGUCUGAACUGUCAUCCCACUGUUUAAGCCAUGAGCAGAACCUUAUUCAAACACACCAGAUGCCAUAAGUUACUCCACCUGUGCUACUAUGUUUUUGCACUCCCAGAUAACGGCGGUGUUGGGUGUGCAGCUUCAUUUUCAUCUCCAAGACGCCCUGUGAAGGUAUAGAAAUGAGUCCUCACUGAUGUUUUUGAAUCUCCUAGUGCUGGUUGAACUUGGGGAAGCUUCCCUCCCACACUGGAGAUCAGUCACUCACUGCAUAUGCAUCUCACCAGGAACUCCACUCCACGCAACUCAACUCGCUCAGGGUUUUGCCAGUCUCUUAUUAAGAAGGAGAGGGGGGGUUGCCUGCGGGCGAUGCAGGGUGGUUGUUUUUUUUUUUUUUUUCCUGGCUCGGAUCUACUGAAGGAGACUCUCCCUCUCUGCAGAAUGUCUCUCACAGCCACAUGCAACCUAAAGGACUGCUUGAUUGAUGCCUUAUAACUAUGCACAAACUAUGCUAAGUGACCAAACCAACUCCUGUUCCCAUCAAGUGCAUGGUGUGCUUGUCUUUGAAUGCACUGUCCAAUCCCUUUGCCUUUUUGUUGUAAGGAACACCUCCAGCUGUCCUUUUUUUGUACGGAAACAAAAUGGUCGAGUGACUUUGAACAUUCCAUUUCUUUGUUUGGUUUGUCUUCUUUGAUUCUGUAUAGUGGCACAAAUUGUGUUUGUGUUUAAACAUUUUGAAACAUAACAGGUGCUUUUCUUACUUUAGCUGAUUUGUAUUUUGCUGUAAGUGCUGUAAGACUGUUGAUAAAACUGUUUACAAUUUGUUGCGACAGCCAUUUUUGGGAAGACUUAAGUGUCGAGCCAGAUUUUGUAAAGGCUUUGCUGUAUUGACCUUUUUGAUACAUGCCUGUUGCAGUUACAGUUUGAACAAUAAAACCUGUUGACAAAUG